AAUGUUUUGUUACAGUUUUAUGUCGUAGGAAGUGGCGGCCUAAUCAACACAUCGUUAAAACUUACGAAGCAUGGCGGCUCUUCGUGCUUUUUCCAGGCUGCUGGGCAACGUUACGAGAGUGGCCACAUCUCGUGCGCUGUCCACAACAAGCAAUGCAAGCAGCCCGGUCUCGUCGCGGUUCCUCCCUUUGGUGUAUCGUGGGCUAACAACACCAGUUUCCAGCUGCAUUUGCCACUCUAGAGCGCAGUUCUCGAGCAUCAGGUCUACGCUUUCGCUUCACAAUUUGCCUGUAGGCCGGGAGUCCGGCCAGUCCAGCCUCCUGCGCCUUGAACCUGCGGUACCGACCCUGAGCCAGCAAGUCCGUUGCAUCACGAAGUUUUCACUCAGGCGAGGCACAAGGAAGACCUGUAAGGCAGUCAUUCGUAGGUUCUUCCGCCUCAACUGCGGUCUCUGGAUACGGCCAAGGUCGGGCAGAGCCAAGAAACUUUGGAAGAAAUCGGAAGAACAGCUGCAGUACCUGCGUAGGCAUGUGUUCUGCAACAAAACUCAGUGCAAGAUGCUGGACAAGAUGGUCACAGCCUACUGGAAGAAACCCAAGUACUACGUUGACGACCCCUACGAGCCUUACCAUGAGCGACACAACUUCCCGCAUGUCAAGAAGACCUGGUAGCAUUUAGUCAGUAGCUGCCUAGGGAUCCGAAAUCUUCUCCAACAGAUCCGUCGCUCAUGGUCAUUGUUGUCCUCGCAAGCACUUUAGCGUCCAAAUUUACAAAAACAAUAAAGUUUGUCCGUAAA